UGGGGCUGAAGCAGGUGGUGUUUGGGGCGUGGCCGGAGAAGUCCCGCCUAGGGCCUGCAAUCUCAGCCCCGCGGGGCGGAGCGCUGAGCGCAGCCAGGCUUUGCAUUAGCGACCUGCUGGCUUUAAAGGCAGCCGUGAGUCGCAUUGCCUAGACCGACACGGAGGACCAUCGCCAUGCACCGUCUACCGCUGCUGCUCCUGCUGGGCUUGCUGCUCGCAGGCUCCGUCGCCCCUGCGCGCCUCGUCCCGAAGCGCCUUUCCCAACUUGGUGGCUUCUCCUGGGAUAACUGUGAUGAAGGAAAGGACCCUGCACUGAUCAAAAGCCUCACAAUCCAACCUGACCCCAUUGUCGUUCCUGGAGAUGUAGUCGUCAGCCUUGAGGGCAAGACCAGCGUUCCCCUCACUGCUCCUCAGAAGGUGGAGCUCACCGUGGAGAAGGAAGUGGCUGGCUUCUGGGUCAAGAUUCCUUGUUUAGAACAGCUAGGCAGCUGUAGCUACGAGGACAUCUGUGACCUGAUAGACGAAUACAUUCCUCCUGGAGAGAGCUGCCCAGAGCCCCUGCACACCUACGGGCUGCCCUGCCAUUGUCCCUUCAAGGAAGGUACCUACUCACUGCCCACGAGCAACUUCACAGUGCCUGACCUAGAGCUGCCGAGCUGGCUGAGCACAGGCAACUACCGAAUCCAGAGUAUCUUGAGCAGUGGUGGGAAGCGCCUGGGCUGCAUCAAGAUUGCUGCCUCUCUCAAAGGCAGAUAACCUGGCAGCAGCCACCACAGAAUGAAGGGGCACUAGCACAGCAGGCCUCUUCUGUGUUCCGGGGCCCAGGCCUGCCUGCCUGCCUCUAACUCCAUUCUCCUACGAUUCUCUACCCUCUCUGGAAAUCAUUGCAACCUGACCUGAGGGAGGAUGGACCAGGCCCAACAUCUGAUGGGCUGUAAGCCAUGCUCCUUUGCACCCCUACCAACUUUCUAAAGAGUUUUUUUCGUAUCCAAAACAGUCAAGGAAUGGGAACCAACAUGUUUGUGAACCUUAAGGUCAAAGUGGCCCAACCUGGACCUCCUGAAGUUAUGCUCACCCCACUUCUUUGUUUUAGUCACCAACUUUAAAACCAGGAUAACUGUAUUAAUUUCUCAUUCCAUCCUGAGCCUCUCUUCCUGCAAAGAGGUCUAGGUAGUCAGUCUUGGGUCCCUCUAUUAACUUCUGUGAUUAACUGCAUUCUCUUUGCAACUUGUCUAGUCAACACUGGGGCUGACAGAUCCUGAAGAGGCAGGGUGGUGUGUGAUAGAAACCUGUGAGAGUUAUUGUUGGGCAUGCUCCAUUAACCCUUGGCAAAGCACAGGUACCUGUAGGGCCAAGCCGAAGACCUAGGGAGACACAGCAAUCACUUCUGGGAGCGAUGUCCAAUUUUUUUUUUUUUUUUUUGGUAUGAUGCGUUCAAGAAUGGGAUGGCAUUCCUUAUACCUGACAAGAAACAAAACCAAAAAACUAAUAGCACAUGUGCUCUGGUGCCAGGUGGCCAGGGUCUGGAAUGGCAUAUCUAGUUCUAGAGAGGUACAGUCCCCUGCAAGUGCCAUGUAAGGAAUGUUGCCAGAUAUUUGCAACAUUUUUCUUCCUUAGGCCCCAACCCAGCCGUUUAUAUGAAAUUGUAGAAUUUUUAACUAUUGGAAACAAAUGGUUUUUUUAUAUAUACUUACUAUGCAGGCCAAAGGGGCCCCAUGGACUCACCCAGGGACAUAACCUGGCUCCCAGGUGGCUGCUUUUCCUCACAUCUGUUCAUCUUCUCAAUCUCAAGUUAUCUGGCCUCAUCUCUUUCCCCUUCAAGGUCAAGUUAUUGGUGCCUGGCCUCAAAGAGGGCUCAGCCUGCACUAGAGCAGGCCUACAUGGCUUCUGAGAGCUGGGCACUGUGCCAGCCUCCGAGCCAUCACCACCAGAGUAGACGGGUUCACACUGGAUUAGAUCCCACCCAGCAGCCACCACAUGGAACAGGGGUCCUGUGAAGAGAGUGGAUCCCACAUCAGGUUGCACCAUGACAACUUCCUGAGCCUUGGACAGCCCAGGUUCUGGACUAGAAGACUGGUCUGGCAAUAAAUCUUUUUAACUUGC